GACAGCUUAUAUAUACAGCAUCAUAGACUGGCGCCAGCAGCACCGCAGCAGCAUCUCCGAUGACCGCCCUCACGUCCGCAGACAAGGACAAGAUCAAACGGGUCGUCCCGAAGUCGUCGAACAAGAUCAUCGACGCCGCCAUCGUGAGGCUCUAUGUGAACUACCCAAGCCUCGAGGAAUGGACGUGGACGGGGCUCACGGGAGCCGUUGUCCUCGUGGACGACCUCAUUGGACAUACCUUUUUUUUCAAGCUGGUCGACGUCAUCGGCAACCAGGGAGUGCUGUGGGACCAGGAGCUCUGGGUCGACUUCCAGUACUCGCAGGACCGACUCUUCUUCCACAGCUUUGAGAUCGAGGACUUUUCCGUGGGGUUUCUCUUUGAGGACAAGUCCGAGGCCCAGCACUUUUUCAAACGGGUCCAGAGCCGCCACAAACACGCCUCCAAACUCACCGUGCAGAACAACAACGCCGUGGAGGCUCGCAAGAGGCCCGAGGAAACCUCCACCAGAGGGUACCGGGGACAGGAAUCGGUUGCCGACGGAGUCACGAACGGUGGCAUUGUCAACGAACAGAGAAUGAGACGCUCCAAGGGUGUCCUCUACUACGAGAAUGAGCCUCCGCCGGAAUGGCGGUCCUUCUACAAGGAGCUCGAGAACAUGGGCAUCUCCGAAGACAUGAUUGCUGAAAACAGAGAGUUCAUCAAAGAUUACAUCGCCAAACAAGGCGGGCCCUUGGUUGGCCUCGAGCCGCCAAUUCCAAGACGCUACCAGAACCAAAUCAGAGAUGGCGGCAGCGGCAGCGGCAAUGGCACCCUCAAAGCCUCGAGAUCCAUCUCCCAAUCACUCCGUUCCAGAUCAAACACAGUAAACUCUGGAAACUCGGAAAGGAAAAAGAAGGCUCCUCCGCCCCCACCUCCCCCAGGAUCCGCCUCGUCAACGGGCACAAGCUCGGCUACAGCUUCUACCCCUCCACCGCCUCCUUACUCCAACACAAACGAUGUCUUCCUGUCUCCGAGCCGGCAGGAUUCUUACCCCGAUAUGGAGGAGAUAAUAGAGCAGGAGACAACUACUCCAGCAUCACCUCCACCAGCACCAGCACAGAGUUUCUCCUCUGCAUCGGAGCCACGUCGGGUUCAUAACGUUCCACCACCAAUGACGUUUCCUUCGCAAUCACAGUCCCCAAUGCAGGCGUCCUCAGCUCCGUCCGGUCCGGGUCUGCCUCCUCGCCUGGCUCCACCCACAGCAGCCAGGCCUAUACCUUCCCCUCCUCCACGGAAUGGAGUCCCGCCGGCGCCCCCGGCCAGAGGCAACAGGUGCUGUUCCACCCCGCCACCUGCCAGGAACCCGAAUGCUCCCGCUCCUCCUCCUUCCAGAAGAGGCCCGGCUCCUCCUCCGCCGCCCUCAAGGCACACCAAUGCCAAUGUUGCUCCACCAGCUCUGCCUCCGGGACACCCGGGUUACAACCCAUAUGGGCAGCAGCAACAGCAGCAAUCACCUCCACAACAAUACCAGCAGUAUCAUCAACAACCUCCUGCGCAGGCUCAAGCUCCUCCGCAAUUACCACCACAGGCUCAGGAAGGUCCGCCUCCGCCUCCUCCACCGCCAAUGUCCUCAUUCACAAACCCUCCACUGCCUUCCAGCAACUCCUCAGCUCCCCCACCACCACCUCCUCCACCUCCGGGAUUCCCCGCAAUGGCUGACACAGCACCACCUCGUGUCGAAACCACUGGAAACGGCGAUAGAGAUGCUUUACUUGCAUCCAUCCGUGGAGCCGGUAUUGGUAAACUUAAAAAAGUGGACAAAAGCCAGCUCGAAAAACCAAGUGUAUUGUUGCAAGAGGCCCGAGGUGAGCCCGUAUCCAUUCCUGCGGUAGCAUCAGCCCCUGGCGGUGCUCCCGGCCAACCUGCAAGUUUGGCAGAUGCUUUGGCGGCUGCUCUAAGCACCAGAAAAUCUAAGGUCGCCGCUUCCGACGAUGAAAGUGAUGGUGACUGGUGAUAAUGACAAUUCUGACAAGUAUUUAUAUCAAUACAAAGUGUAUAAUUAUCCUCUUACAUAGUCAAUCCGACUAAUCUUGUAAACUCUCUCCGUUC